UUAGCGAUUAGUGGCGAAUCCGUGUGUUCCAAACUGCGCGACCAACUUCCAGCCACAACCAUACGUCACUGCUAUAAAUCGUGUGCUGCCGGUGUGCACUUUACACGUCCAGUCAUUGCCAACCUCAGCUCUUUACUCUGCAACAUCACCCCCAGAGUCCAGACAACGCCGCAAACACUACAGGACCCCGCACAACUGCCACUUUCUCUUAAGAAGAGGACUUCAAGACCACACCACACACACUACACCACCACCAUGCCCAUCCCCACCUCCGCAAAGGGCUCCUCGGAGCAGGCCACCGCCACCACCACACAAACAGGCAACAACAAUAACAACAACACAGCUUCUGUCGCAACGGGUGCGGGCGUUGACACGGGCGCCGGGGUCACGCGGGAGAAGACCCAGGCCGAGCUGGACGCCGACCGGCUCUACGAGGAGGCCAUGGAGGACGAGUACGCCAAACGCGACGGCGGUGCUUGAACCAACUCUCCCUACCUAGUGCUGGGGCAUUAGACUAUUGCCACCCAGACGGGCUUUGAUCUCAAAGACCUAAUACGCUUUUGGUGAUGGACGGGAAACAUGCCAUGGGCUAAUGUAACAAUUGGAACAAGAAAGCCAGCGACCAUAAGCCGUCUACAGGCACUUGCAUAUAAUAUACCCGAUACCCCGCUUACAACUCUGACUAUUUAUGAGGCUGCACUUGUGAAUCAUUCCAUGUAUGGCACUGACAUUGUCUGUAGUCACAU